AAUAGAAUCCCACGGCUUGUAUAUAAAACAGGCUGUGUAUAGCACAAAAAUUUGACUGCUUCAUCUCUCUGUCUAGCAAAACGCCACGAUGUUCCGCGUGAGCAACAACCUGGUUGGGAUACUCAACUUCGUGACCUUCCUACUCUCAAUCCCAAUCCUCGCUGGUGGGAUAUGGCUGAGCCGACAGGCCGACACCGAGUGCGAGCGUUGGCUCGACAAACCCAUCAUCGCACUCGGCGUUUUUCUCAUGGUGGUCUCCAUAGCUGGCUUAAUCGGAGCUUGUUGCCGUGUUUCAUGGCUCCUCUGGUUCUACCUUCUGGUCAUGUUCCUCCUCAUAGUUCUUCUCUUCGUGUUUACCAUAUUUGUCUUUGCUAUUACCAACAAGGGUGCUGGGGAGGCCGUGUCGAAUCGUGGGUAUAAGGAGUAUAGGCUUGGUGAUUACUCCAAUUGGUUGCAGAAGAGGGUUACCAAUACCAAGAAUUGGAACAAAAUUAAAAGUUGCUUGCAGGAUAGUAAGGUUUGUACCAGUUUUGCUGACAAGUUUGUGAACGACAACAUGGAGCAGUUCUAUGCUGAGAAUCUCUCUGCGCUUCAGUCUGGUUGCUGCAAGCCAUCAAACGACUGCAAUUUUACCUAUGUGAAACCAACUGAAUGGACCAAUAAUAACACUGCUGUUGCUAGUAGUAACCCAGACUGCACUACAUGGAGCAAUGACCCAAAUGUUUUGUGCUUCAACUGUCAAUCAUGCAAGGCUGGAUUGCUCGACAACAUCAAGAGUAACUGGAAGAAGGUGGCCAUUGUCAACGUUAUAUUCCUUGUCUUCCUCGUUGUUGUGUACUCCGUUGGGUGCUGUGCGUUCAGAAACAAUAGGAAGGACAAUGCCUAUUGGAAUCGUCAGUAGACUGGAUUAUAUUAGCAUGUAAAGUGAUUAGGUGGCUUCCUAUCAUCUUCUAGCUUAGAUGUCCUUGUGAAUGCGCCUAUAUUUGGCUCUGUAAAGUUCUUUUGUGCUUGAUAAUAAUUUUUCACGAAGACGGUUUGUUUUUUUUUUUUCCUGUUCUUUGUUAUACGCUUGGAGUUGGUUUGACUUGUGUUGUUUUCUCUCUUCUAGUUUGAUCAUUAUUGGUUUCGUGCAUCAGUAGCUAAAAAUUGCUUCUCAACUCAAACUUAUUAUUAUUUAAAAUUUUAAUUUUCUUGUGUCUA